AUGGACAGCAAAAAAACAUCCUUUGAAUCAAACCAUAAAGAGCUCUCGGCUUCUUCAUCAAAUGAAUCCAAUGAAGUUCUAGAAUUUACAGUAUCUAAUUAUGAAACUCUACAGCAACAACAAAAAGAAAAUGGUAACAGACGAAAUUCAGUACGUCGCAAAUCAUUAGAAGCAAUUAAGAAAUGUAUUACUGGAGAGUCUAAGUAUGAAUCCGCUGAAACUAAGGAUUACUCAGUUCAUCAUAUUUAUGGGGAUUUAGACUCUGAUGCGAUAGAGAUUCAACGUACACAAACUAGAAAUAUAAUUUUAACAAAACUAGAAAGUAGAGUCGAGGAUAACAAUAAUACUUACAAUGACGAGCAUGAAGUUGAAUGUCAAGAUACCAUAAGUGUCAUCCCCGAUACAAAUAUCGAGAUUUCCCAACAUGGUAAAGAGUUUAAUACAAUAGACCCAGAAUUAAUCACAUGGAAUGGGUCCGAUGAUGUUGAAGACCCAAGAAAUUGGCCAAUAAACAAAAAAGUAUUUUUGCUUGGAUUCGUAUCAUUAUAUGCUUUAGUUGCUCCCAUGUCAUCAUCAAUGUUAUCUCCAGCAAUGACAUUUAUAGCAAAAGAUUUCCACAUUACAUCGCCCAUCAUAAAAUCAAUGGUGGUUUCAAUACAAAUUCUAGCAUGGGCAUUUGGACCAUUAAUAAUUGCCCCCUUAUCUGAACAUGAUUAUAUUGGUCGUAAACUAGUUCUUGAUGUGUCAUGUUGGAUGUCAUUAUUCUUCAAUCUUGGAUGUGCAUUUUCUCAAACCACGGCACAAAUGAUGGUGUGUCGAUUUAUUGGCGGUUUGUUUGGUUGUGUCCCCAUGAAUGUAUGUGCUGGUGUCAUUUCUGAUAUGUUUGAUGCCCAAUCCCGGAAUGCAGCAUUAGCGGGGUAUUCUUUAGUUCCGUUGUUAGGACCAGUGAUUGCUCCAGUGAUAUCAGGAUUUAUUGUCGAUCAUAAGCAAUGGCGUUGGACAUUCUAUGUGUUGUGCAUCUUCAAUGGAUUUGUUGCCAUCACUGCCACUUUUUUAUUUAAAGAAACUUAUUCACCAACAUUAUUGAAACGUAAGGCCAAAAAAUUGCGAGAACAAACAGGAAAUGCCAAUCUUCACACCAUCUAUGAAAUUGCUGACGGAGAAACAAAAUUGGGUAAAAUAUGGAUUUGUAUGGUUAGACCAAUCAAAUUAUUAUUUACUCAUCCCAUGAUUGUCGGGUUGGGGUCAUUCAUGGCAUUUACAUAUGGGUUCAUGUACUUGAUGAUUGUGACAUUCCCAGAAAUAUUUGGCAACCAGUAUGGAUAUAGCAAAAGUGUGACUGGAUUAAUGUAUAUCCCUAUGGGUAUUGGCUUUAUAAUUGGGGUCAUAUUUUGGACAUAUAUGGUUGGUAAUGUUUAUGAACGGUUGACCCGCAGAAACAACGGGGUUGCCAAACCAGAAUUUAGAUUGCCUUGUUUAAUUGCAUCCUCAAUAUUUAUUCCCAUUGGAUUAAUUUGGUUUGGUUGGUCUGCUCAAAGAAAGUUGCAUUGGAUCAUGCCUGGUAUUGGCAGCGCAAUAUUUGCCAUGGGAUUAGUAUGUGUGUUUCAAACAAUUCAAAACUAUUUGAUCGAUAUGAAUGUGAGAUAUGCUGCCAGUUCAGUUGCUGCUGCUGCCUUGUUUAGAUCGUUGUUUGGAUUUAGUUUCCCAUUGUUUGCCAAUAAGAUGUAUAGUGCAUUAGGUUAUGGCUGGGCCAAUACCAUGUGUGCAUUCAUUGGUAUUUUUUUGGGAGUUCCAUUCCCAAUUUUUUGUUAUAUGUAUGGUGAAAAAAUAAGACAUUGGGCCGACAAAAGAAUUGAAAAAGAACAAUUGAGAAGAGAUCAAAAGAAUUUAGAGAAAUUAAAGUUGAAAAAUGAUAGUGUUGUAUAG